AUGGCUUUAGUAUUUCGGAGUGUGGCACAAUUCGCUGGGAUCUCACUCUCUUUGCUGGGAAGGGUGCUAUCCUGUCUUACAAACUACCUGCCACAGUGGAAAAACCUCAAUCUGGACUUAAACGAAAUGGAGAACUGGACCAUGGGGCUCUGGCAGGCCUGUGUCAUCCAAGAGGAAGUGGGGAGGCAGUGCAAGGACUUCGAUUCCUUCCUGGCUUUGCCCGCCGAACUCAGGAUCUCCAGGAUUCUCAUGUUCCUGUCCAACGGGCUGGGGCUCCUGGGCCUGCUGCUCUCCGGGUCUGGCCUAGACUGCCUGAGGAUUGGAGAGACGCGGCGGGGCCGCAAGAAGGGGCUGCUGAUCCUGGGAGGGAUUCUGUUCUGGUCAGCAGGCAUCUCGGCCCUGACUCCGGUGUCCUGGGUCGCCUACAAGACGGUCCAGGAGUUCUGGGAUGAGACUGUGCCAGAGAUCGUGCCCAGGUGGGAGUUUGGGGAAGCCCUCUUCCUGGGCUGGUUUGCCGGGUUUUUCCUCCUCGUGGGAGGGUGCCUGCUGAACUGUGCAGCCUGCUCCACCCGGGCUGCCCCAGCUUCGGGCCACCAUGCAGUGACAGAAACGCAUAUCACCAUCAGCACCAGGAGAUGCACCAAGCCCAUCUGAAAAUCUAAGCCAGCAAGUGUCAGCGGUGUUCACUCUUCAAGAGACGCUCACUCCUCUCAGCGUUUGGUAGGAUUUCCUGCUACACAGCCACCCAUUCACUGCGCUUUUAAUUUUCUAAAAUGCAUCUUCCC